ACGGUGCGGCCGCGGAGCCGGUGUUGGGGGCGAUGGAGUCUGGCGAGGAGAAUGGGGAGGACAACGGCCGCCGCUGCUGCCUCGCCAGGGAAGCCGAACUGGAAAUGAGAUGGAUUCAAGGAUUCACAAACAGGAAUGUUGGUUUUGUCAAUAACAAGACUAUCUGCUACCCCUGUGGCAACUACAUCCUUUUUGUUGACAUUGAAACAAAGAAGACGACCGUGCUGAAGUGUAAGAAUGGCCACGUUGGAGCCUUUGCAGUGAAUGGGAACAGUCAAGUUGUGGCUUUUUCAGACCAGAAGCUAAAUCCUGUCAUCUAUAUCUACACUUUUCCAGGACUUGUUAAACAGUCAGAAAUACAAGGGGAGGCUCAGCUGGACUACUCUUUACUUGCAUUCAGUUACAUGGGUCCUUAUCUGGCCACUUACUCUUCAGUCCCAGAAUUUGCUCUUUCAAUAUGGGACUGGCAAGAAAAUAUCCUUUUGUGCAGUAAAUCUCAACCAGGUGUGAAAGUGACCUCUAUGAGCUUUAACCCCAUGAACUGGCACCAGCUUUGUUUGUCCAAUGAAAACUCCCUUACUGUCUGGAAUAUUGAAAGGAAUGAUCAAGAACAUCAUCUCAUGUCAAAGCCUGUCAGACUCCCUGCCGAAGAUGGGUCUCCAAUGUGUGAACAGGAUGUCUUUUUUUCACAUCCUGGUAUCCAAGACCUCUACUAUGGUCCUGUGCUGCCAAUUUCAGCCAUUGCUGGGCUGGCAAGGGAUGAAGCAGAGACAUUUAGGCCUAAAGAUGACAUCCAGCCUUCAGUCCACCCUACUGUCCACUGCUGGACUGCAACAUCUGACCUGUAUAUGGGCUGUGAAGAGGGACAUUUUUUGGCAAUUAAUGCUGAGACACUCAAAGCUUCUCUUCUUUAUUACAAACCUGCACAAGACGCUACAGAACAAAGGCGAACAAAAUUUCGUUCCUUUCCACGACUUUGUGAUGAUAGUUUGAAAAAGGAAGGUAUUCACUUGUUUAAAUGAAGUUUUUUUGUUUUGUUUUUUUAAGGCCGCACCAGUGGCUGCUGGGAG